GCGGCGGCGGCGGCGGCGGCGCGACCCCGGCCGGGAGCGAGCGGGCAGAGGCCCGCGCGGAGCGGCUGCCGGACGCCUCGGGUGCCGGGGCGGGCGGACCAUGGACCGUGCGGCGGGCGCCGUCCUCGGGAUGCUCUUUCUUUUGUCUGCUCGGCCGUGGAGCACGGCGGUGGCAGGGAGCCCUUAUAGCUGUGACGCCCCGCUGGCAUCCACCUUGCCUCGAGCGUCCUUCAGCAGCUCCUCGGAGCUGUCCAGCAGCCACGGCCCUGGGUUUGCAAGUCUUAAUCGCAGAGAUGGGGCUGGUGGCUGGUCUCCACGCGUGUCAGAUAAAUACCAGUGGCUGCAGAUCGACCUCGGAGAGAGAAUGGAGGUCACGGCUGUGGCCACCCAGGGAGGAUACGGGAGCUCCGACUGGGUGACCAGCUACGUCCUUAUGUUCAGUGAUGGCGGGAGGAACUGGAAGCUGUAUCUGCGAGAAGAAAGCCUGUCGGGUUUUCCAGGAAACACAAACGCAGACAGCGUGGUACAUUACAGACUCGAGCCUCCCUUCGAAGCCAGGUUCCUGCGCUUCCUCCCCGUAGCCUGGAACCCUAAGGGCAGGAUUGGGAUGCGGAUAGAAGUGUACGGAUGUGCAUACAGAUCUGAGGUGGUUAAUUUUGAUGGAAAGAGCUCCUUGAUAUACACAUUGAAUCAGAAGUCCGUGAGUCCAACAAAAGAUGUCAUUUCUUUGAAAUUUAAGACCAGGCAGACCAAUGGGAUUCUACUCCACCGAGAAGGACAAAAUGGCAAACACGUCACCCUGGAGUUAGUUAAAGGAAGACUCAUCUUAUCCCUUAAUUCAGGCCAUGCUAACCUGCCGUCCCCUGACGCCCGUGUGACCCUCACCCUGGGCAGCCUGCUGGACGACCAGCACUGGCAUUCUGUCCUCUUGGAGCUCCUGAACGCACACGUCAACUUCACCGUGGACAGGCACACGCAGCAUUUCCAGGCAAAGGGCGGGUCCCGCUAUUUGGAUCUUGAUGAUGAGAUCAGCUUCGGAGGGAUUCCCGGACACAGAAAAUCAGUGGUGUUCCCACAUAAAAACUUUCACGGCUGCUUCGAAAACCUCUAUUAUAAUGGAGUGGAUAUCAUUGAUUUGUCCAAGAAACGCAAACCGCAGACCCUCGUCGUGGGAAAUGUGUCUUACUCGUGCUCACACCUUCAGAUUGUCCCUGUGACUUUUCUGAGUUCCAGCAGCUACUUGGCUCUCCCGGGUGCCUCUGGAGAGGACAAAGUGUCAGUCGCUUUCCAGUUUCGGACGUGGAACAGAGCAGGGCUGUUGCUGACCAGUCAGUUAAAACACGGGUCGGGGGCUCUUGUCCUUGUUCUAAAUGAUGGAAAACUCAAGCUGAGUCUCUCCCAGCCCGGACAUCCAUCGAGGGAUAUCACAGCAGGUGCUGGAUUAAGUGACGGGCAGUGGCAUUCGGUGUCCUUAUCAUUGAAAGGAAGUCACCUGAGUGUGAUGGUGGAUGGCGAGGCGGCCUCCGUGGCUCAUUCCUUGCGUGGACGGAUUGAUUCCGGGGACACCUAUUAUUUGGGCGGCUGUCCUGACAGCGUCUCUGGCUCUGGAUGUGGAGGUCCCCUGGGCGGCUUUCAGGGCUGCCUGAGGCUCAUCUCCAUUGGCGACAAGGCGGUGGAUCCCAUCACAGUGCAGCAGGGGGCGCUGGGGAGUUUCCGUGACCUCCAGAUAGACACCUGCGGCCUCACAGACAGGUGUUUGCCCAGCUAUUGUGAACACGGGGGCGAAUGUUCCCAGUCCUGGGACACCUUCUCCUGUGACUGUGCGCACACUGGCUACCUGGGCGCAACCUGCCAUUCCCCGUUGUACGAGCAGUCCUGUGAAGCCCACAAGCACAGAGGAGACUCUUCAGGGCUCUACUAUAUCGAUUCCGAUGGAAGUGGCCCUCUGGAACCUGCUCUCGUAUAUUGCAACAUGACAGACACCACUGGGACCUCAGUGCAGCACAAUGGCUCGCAUCUGGCCAGGGUCAAAAGCUCGGAUGGAGAAAGCCCCCACCCUGUGGCUUUCAAGUACACAGCCAGCAUGGACCAGCUCCAAGCCAUAAUCGACCGUGCGGACCAUUGCCAACAGGAGCUGGCCUUCCACUGCAAGAAGUCAAGGCUUUCGGCUCGCCACGAUGGAACCCCAGUGAGCUGGUGGGUUGGAAGAACCAAUGAAACACACACUUACUGGGGAGGUUCUCUGCCUGAUGCUCAAAAAUGUGCUUGUGGAUUACAGGGGAACUGCCUUGAUUCUCAAUAUUACUGCAACUGUGAUGCUGACCGGAAUGAAUGGACCAGCGACACAGUAGUCCUUUCCCAUAAGGAGCACCUGCCGGUCAUUCAGGUUGUGAUGAGAGACACAGGCCGACCACAUUCGGAAGCCGCGUAUGCGCUGGGGCCUCUGCUCUGCUGGGGGGACAAUUCAUUUUGGAACUCAGCUUCCUUCAACACGGAGACUUCAUACCUUCAUUUCCCUACGUUCCGCGGAGAGUUCAGUGCUGAUGUGUCUUUCUUUUUUAAGACAACAGCUCCUUCUGGGGUGUUUGUAGAGAACCUGGGGAUCACAGACUUCAUCAGGCUAGAGCUACAUGCUCCCUCGGAAGUGACCUUUUCCUUUGAUGUGGGGAACGGACGUUGCGAGGUCACGGUGCGGUCGCCCACCCCCUUUAAUGACAACCAGUGGCACCACGUGAGGGCAGAGAGGAAUGUGAAGGAAGCGUCGCUUCAGGUGGACCAGCUCCCCAGCGAGACCCAAGCUGCACCUGCCAACGGGCACGCGCGGUUGCAGCUCAACAGCCAGCUCUUCGUGGGCGGGACGGCCACCAGACAGAGAGGCUUCCUGGGGUGCAUUCGGUCGCUGCGGCUGAACGGGCUGGCCCUGGACCUGGAAGAAAGAGCGACGAUGACGCCGGGCGUGGAGCCAGGGUGCCCGGGACACUGCAGCAGCUACGGACACCUGUGUCGCAACGGAGGGAGAUGCAGAGAGAGACACAGGGGCAUCGCUUGUGACUGCACCUUCUCUGCCUACGACGGGCCAUUCUGCGAAAAUGAGAUUUCUGCAUAUUUUGGAAGCGGUUCGUCCGUUAUCUACAACUUUCAAGAACAUCAUAAUCACACCUUUGGUAAGAACUCCAGCUCCUUGGCGGCUUUAUUUCAUGAGGAUCUGACGCUGACCGGAGAAAUGGCCACACUGAGCUUCCGGACCACAGGGGCCCCCAGCUUACUUCUCUACGUGAGCUCCUUCUACGAAGAGUACCUAUCAGUUAUCCUCGCCCCCAAUGGAAGUCUGCAGAUCAGGUAUAAGCUGGACAGAAACCAGGCACCUGACGUUUUUAACUUUGGUUUUAAAAACCUUGCCGAUGGGCAGUUUCACCAAGUGAAGAUUCACAGGGAAGCGGCCGUGGUCUCUGUAGAGGUUAACCAGAAUGCAAGGAGACAAGUUAUCCUGUCAUCGGGGACGGAAUUCAACGCUGUCAAAUCCCUUAUGUUGGGCACAGUUUUAGAGCCCCCCGGCGCGGACCCGGACACGCUGCGGGCCGGCGCGCGCGGCUUCACCGGCUGCCUCUCGGCGGUGCGCUUCGGCCCCGCCGCUCCGCUCAAGGCCGCGCUGCGCCCCGGGGGCCCCGCCCCGGUCACGGUGCGCGGCCACGUGGCCGCCGCGGCCCGCUGCGCGGAGGGGGCGGGGCCCGGAGCCCCGGCGCGGGAGGCCACCCGCCCGCUGGCAGGUGGCGCAGGUGGCUCCGGACCAAGGGACGGGGGACAGCCCUUAGUUACUGCUGACGGAAGUGACUCCGCCGUCAUCGGAGGUGUGAUAGCCGUUGUGAUAUUUAUCUUGCUCUGCAUCACUGCCAUAGCUAUACGCAUUUACCAACAGAGAUGGUUGUACCACAAAAAUGAAUCGAAUAUCCCAAAACACGGAGACCAUGCUGAGACCGCUCUGAGAAGUGAGCUCAAUCUGCAAAGUACAGUCAGUGAAAGCCAGAAGGAGUAUUUCUUCUGAUGGGCAGUAGAGGCUCACUCAUGCAUGGCCCUGGUGACGCGACUUUCGGGCUGAGCCAGGGGCUCCCAGGGGAUGACGCCCCCUCUCGUCCUCUUGGGUCAGACGGUGGCCGUGGGGCGCCGUCAGCUUGCUCGUGUGUGGCCCCAGGAGGCCCUGCUCAGUGCUGCUUCGUGAUCUAUUGAUGUAAAAGUGACUUCGGUGUGCUCAUUAAUCACUGUGUGGCAGUUUCUGACUGUUCUGACCUGAUCUUUGAAAAUUCAAAUGUAUUUUGCAUAAUGACUCUGGGUGUUAAGUGAGGGCAAGGAUUUGAGCUGCGGCUCUACCCGCUUAAGACGGGGACACAGACGUUUAUAAAAGUCAGAGUUGGACUCUGAUGUGCGUUGUGUGGAAGUCUGUAUUUUGCUUCCCUUCUCGAUCACCUGCUGACCCUCGUAAAGCAGGAAGUGUUUCUCAGAUGGUGUUCGAGUGGUUUCCAUCUUCCUGCACACCAGAGCCUGGUGGCCAAAAAUGCAUUCGAGACUUGGAAAAGAACAUUUUUUGGCUGCUUGUUUUUACUAUUCGUCUCUUUUAAGUCCGUUUGCAUACGUUUUAGUGACGAAGUGCAUCUUGAAUGUCAGCUACGAAAUUCUAGUAUUCUGUUCAUUUAUGGAACAGAAAAAUGCAUAGGUAGCAAAGUGUGUAAAGCAUUCUGAUCUGCAAUACUUUGCGAAUUUUACUCUGUAACUGCUCCUUUUAAUCUUUGUAAAUUAUGAUAAAGAUGACCUCAUGAUCUCCCCCAAAACAUCUAUUUUCUAACUAAACCUGUGCCCAGGUAUGAACUCUAUAUUUAACACUGCAAAUGUAUCCUUCACCCAUUUCAUUUAAAUGAAAUAUAAUCUUGAAUUUAUUUCCUUCA